AUGAUGCGUAAAAAUAAAUAUACUGGUCCUUGUGCAGUUGAAAAUUGUAAAGAAAAUGAAAAAAGUCCCGAGUAUGUUACUUUUAGAAGUAUAACUGAUAAAGCAUUCGAUAAGUUAAUGAAGCAUCCAGAUUAUUUAAGUAUAAAUUACUUAAAAAAAAAUCAACAACUUUGUUUUACACAUUAUAUGAAAUAUGUAGAACAUAAAUAUAAAGAAGUGAAUAAAAAUGAAUUAUCUGGUGAAUAUUCUUUGGAUGACAUUAAAAUUAAUAUUACAGAAAAUGGAAUUCUUUUAUCUGAAGAAGAUUUUAGCUUACUGGUUCAAAAAAUUGAAAAUUUGGAAGCAAAGGUUGAAAAAAAUAAAGAAAUUGAAAAUAUAUUUAACAUAAAUAAUAUUUUUUUAACAAUUCAGAACAACUUGGAAAAAAAUAAUGUUUCAGUUAAUCCAGGUAUGAGUAAGUCCGAAAUCGAAAACCUAAUAAAAUCUAUGAUUUCUUCUUCAGAACCCCAGGAAACACAGGUAUCAAAAAAGACGUCGCCAACUAUACCACCAAAAAAUAUGGAAGAAAUAAAAGCCGCUUUGUUAUUAAAAGAAUUAUACAACAUGGGAUUUCGGGAUGAACCUAUAGUAGAUUUUAUCGAAAGUUAUAAUAAACGUGGAGAAUAUUUUAAAAGAAAACAGGCUCAAAAUGAUGAUUCUGAUGAUGAAUUGGCCAAUCGUAUGAGUAAGUUAUCUAUAAACAAGGCUAUGUCCAAAGGAUAUGCACAGGGGGUGAAAACAGGUAUUCGCGCUUCCAAUAAAUCAUCUCAUAGAUGUUCCAAUUGUAAUAGAACCGGGCAUAAUUCCCGUAAUUGUCCUCGUAAGAAGAAAAAAUCUAAGAGAAAAGCUAAGGUUAAUAUCGCUCAUAAAAUUUCUAGUUCUGAUUCGGAUACUAACUCUUCUGAUAGUGAAUCUGAAUCUAGUUCUAGUGAUUCUUCAUCUGAAGUUGAAAUAAAUCGGAAGAAAAAUUCUAAUAAAUCGUCUUCCGGAAAGAAGUCAAAAACUCGUAAAACAAAACGGAGCGAAAAAUCAACUUCUUCUGAUAAAGGACAAAAUAGCGGAACUAUCACGGUUAAAUCAAAUCGUAUUGAUAAAUCCCUUCAAAAAAUUAUACUAGACAUGUUUGACGGUAUCCUACCUGUGGAUUUGAUGGACAAACUUAAAAUGAAAAUUGAAAAUUCAUCUAAUAUAGUUACGCCUAUUCAGGAGGAGAAAAAUUUCAACGUUCUCAAGUCUAAAGCAGAAAUUAAUGAAUUUUCUGAAAAGAUGCAAGCUAGCUAUGAAAAACUACUUAAUCGCGCCUCUUCUGGAUUCUAA